AUGGCACCAACAACGAAACCCGCUGCCGCCGAAGGACGUCGCAAGUCUGGGAGUAGCACUGCCAAGCUGAGCCUAGUCGUCUCGGUCAACGUCGAGCCGUCAAAACUACGCAAACUCCUCGAGGAUAAAGACACGCCUGUCUCCGAAGAAGAAGGCUCAGCCACCCCGGCUCCCCAAACCGAAGAUGAUGUCGACGUCAAGCAGCAGACGCCUGACUCGGCCUCGACGACGCAACCCCCUGCCAACGAGACCAACAACGCUUCCGAUUCCAACGCCGCCACGCCCCAGGCCGAGGGUGGCACCCCGGCCCCCCCGGGGGCUAUGCCCCCCCCGGCUGACGGUCCUAAGAAGAAGGGCGUCAAGCGCUCGGCUGCCAGUAUCAACGGCGGUGCCGGGCCCGAUGGUGCCCCGAAGGCGCGUGGAAAGCCUGGCCCCAAGAAGAAGCCCAGACUUGAUGACGGCACCAUCGACCCCACGUCCGGCAACCGCUUAUCGGGCAUCCACAAGCUAGGCCCCAAGGCCAGCCUGGGCGCCAUCAACGCUGGACUCCGCGCCCUCGACCGCUCCGGCAAGCCAUGCCGCCGCUGGGCAAGGGGCGGCUUCAGCAUCAAGACCUUCACUGGCGUCGUCUGGGGAGUGCCCAGGUGGACUGCUCCGCCUAAGCCUUCGAUCUCCGACGUCGAUCCGGACGCGUCAGCCGUCCCCUCGGCUGCCGACACCAGCUCCAAGGACAACAAGGAUGCCAAGGAGACGACCAACGGCGACGCCACCGCCGACAUCACCAUCGCCGAUGCCACCAUGGCGGAUGCCACAAUGGCCGACACCACCGUUGCCGAUGCCGCUGCCGUCGAGGACAGCCAGAGUGCCGUCAACAGCGUCAACAGCAACGGUGGCGGUCCGGACAUAGAAAUGCUGAGUGCUGCCGAUAGUGCUCACGCGUCUUCUCCGGCUCCCGCUACCGUCACGGCGUCCUCAUGA